AUGUCAAUGCCACAUAGCAGUUCCAGUACGACAAGUUCGAGCACAAAACGCAAGGAAAUUUAUAAAUAUCAAGCACCAUGGCCUCUAUAUUCAAUGAACUGGUCAGUGCGGCCAGACAAGAGGUUCAGACUUGCCCUUGGAAGUUUUGUAGAAGAAUAUAAUAACAAGGUACAAAUUAUAUCGCUAGAUGAAGAGACAAGUGAAUUCAGUGCUAAAAGCACUUUUGACCAUCCAUACCCCACAACUAAGAUCAUGUGGAUUCCUGACUCCAAGGGAGUCUAUCCUGAUCUCCUGGCCACUAGUGGUGACUAUCUACGCAUAUGGCGUGCCGGUGAACCAUACACUCUAUUUGAAUGUGUAUUAAAUAACAACAAGAAUUCAGACUUUUGUGCCCCGCUAACUUCAUUUGAUUGGAACGAAGUAGACCCCAAUUUGAUAGGCACUAGCAGUAUUGAUACAACUUGUACUAUAUGGGGCUUGGAAACAGGCCAAGUGUUGGGCAGAGUGAAUGAGGUUUCUGGACAUGUUAAGACACAGUUAAUUGCUCAUGAUAAGGAAGUGUACGACAUUGCGUUCAGUCGCGCCGGUGGCGGGCGCGAUAUGUUCGCGUCAGUAGGCGCAGACGGUUCGGUACGGAUGUUCGAUUUGCGACAUCUAGAACAUUCCACAAUUAUAUAUGAGGACCCGCAGCACACACCACUGCUCCGGCUGGCGUGGAACAAGCAGGACCCCAACUACCUGGCGACGAUCGCGAUGGACGCGUGCGAGGUGAUCAUCCUGGACGUGCGCGUGCCCUGCACGCCCGUCGCGCGCCUCAACAACCACCGCGCCUGCGUCAACGGCAUCGCCUGGGCACCGCACAGUUCCUGCCACAUCUGUACAGCGGGUGACGAUCACCAAGCUUUAAUAUGGGACAUACAACAAAUGCCACGAGCUAUAGAAGAUCCCAUCCUCGCCUACACUGCGGCAGAGGGCGAAGUGAAUCAGAUACAAUGGGGUGCAACACAACCCGAUUGGAUUGCUAUAUGUUAUAACCGACACACCGAAAUAUUACGGGUU